CCCCCGCUGAAUGGAGUAACAUGCCUCGGUUCGGUCUCAUACAAGCGAGACCGACGUAUAUUAACAUGCCAUAUCUUUUGUGUCGUCGCGUACCAAAGCUGUUACUCUAAUUAUUAAAUCAUGAUUUAGACCAUUCUCUCAUUUCCAUCACUUCCAACUCUAACCAGUCUAACGCUAAAUAAAACUAACCUACACAACUACAUAACCCAUCAUGUCCUCCAAGAUUCCAGAUAUCGUAAAACAACGUGUAAGCGAAAAGGCAAAGAAGACAUUAGAUAUAGUCGCCAAGUUUGUUGAGGAAGAAUGCAUCCCAGCAGAUCCCGUUUUUGAAGCUCAGAUUGGAGAAGGUCCCUCACGAUGGGAGAACCACCCUUCCGUGAUCGAUGACCUGAAGGUCAAAGCAAAAAAGCUAGGACUUUGGAACAUGUUCUUCCCAGCUGGACACUAUAAAGAAUCACCAGGCUACACGAACUUGGAAUAUGGUUUGAUGGCCGAAUGGCUCGGCAAGUCGAGGACGGCAUCCGAAGCUACUAACUGCGCGGCACCGGAUACGGGGAACAUGGAAGUGCUGGCCAAGUAUGGCAACGACGAACAAAAGGCCGAAUGGCUGAAGCCGUUAAUGGAAGGCCAGAUAAGAUCAGCUUUCCUCAUGACCGAGCCGGACGUAGCCUCUUCCGAUGCGACGAACAUUCAACUGAGCAUAAAAAAGGAAGGAAACGAAUACGUGCUCAAUGGUUCUAAAUGGUGGUCAAGCGGCGCCGGCGACCCGCGCUGUAAGAUAUACAUCGUAAUGGGUAAGACAGACGCUAGCAACAAAGACCCCUACAAGCAACAAUCCGUGGUCCUGGUUCCGGCAGGUACAAAGGGGGUUACCAUCCACCGCAUGCUCAAUGUGUACGGCUACGACGAUGCCCCGCACGGCCACGGCCACAUCUCCUUUAAGAACGUCCGGGUUCCCGUGCGCAACCUCGUCUUAGGCGAGGGCCGCGGCUUCGAAAUCAUUCAGGGCCGUCUAGGCCCCGGCCGCAUCCACCAUGCCAUGCGGAGUAUCGGCGCUGCUGAGCGCGCCCUCGAGUGGAUGCUGAUGCGGAUCAACGACCCGAGCAAGACACCCUUCGGCAAGCAGCUGCGCGAGCACGGCGUCAUCCUCGAGUGGGUCGCCAAGUCGCGCCUUGAGAUCGAUGCCGCCCGCCUCAUCGUUCUCAACGCCGCCGUCAAGAUGGACGACCUCGGCCCCAAGGCCACUCUACGCGAGAUCGCCCAGGCCAAAGUCCUAGUCCCCACAAUGGCCCUCACCGUCAUCGACCGCGCAGUCCAGGCCUUUGGCGGUGCUGGUGUCAGCCAGGACACCCCGCUCGCCAACAUGUGGGCCCAGAUCCGCACUCUAAGGUUGGCCGACGGCCCCGACGAGGUCCACCUGCAGCAGAUGGGACGCAACGAGAACAAGCGGAACAAGGAGGUCGUCCAAAAGAUCCAGUGGCAGAAGGAUCGCACGGAGGAGUUGCUCAAGCAGUACGGCGUUGCGCGGCUGCAGCCUGGGACUAAUAUCAAGCCCAAGUUAUAGGGGAAAUGUAUCGUAAAGGGUAUGCUGGCCUGGUGUGUUAUUUCAUUUUGAAGAGGAUCUUGUAAUGGCAAGUUGGCUACCUAUCUAUAUACUAGCUCAAGUGAGAACUCUGUCAUCUCAUGGCUACUUAUCAUGUACGAGAUUUGUAUAUCUGACAUUGGGAUGGCUUUGUAGCCACGCUUGAUUACCUAGGUAUACGUACUGUACUUGUCCUAUACUGCGAAUGUAUGAACUACAUACCUAUGUACUUUAUUAGCACAUGGGAUUGAGACAUUCAAACCGAAUCUAUAAAAGCAUUGAUAAUUUUCGAGUCGUUACUACAGCUACCUAUGUAAGAUCUAUCUCUCGAUAAGUGCAUGAGCCACUAUCUACCUAGGUUAGAUUAUAAAAAGACUGCGGGCUUCGUAUCAUUCGAUAACAUAAUGCUAGUCGUGUGAUACUGGUAGAUAG